ACAAUCGUGAAGACGUGAAUCGCGCAAUCUGUCAAAAUACUUGCGAUGAAUUUAGUGUUUAUUUUCUAAAAAUACUAAUUUAUCGAUUGGUAAUAAUUGGGUUAUUGGGAAGGAGGCAGAUCUGAUGUAAUCCUUAUAAUGGCUACAUUAAUUCAAUCAUAUGAGCAGCAAUAUGCCGUUCUAACAGCUGAAAUAACUUCAAAAAUUGGUCGGCUUAAAGUUGGCAAUGAAGACAUUCGUGAGCAGCUUAGCAAGGAAAUACAAGCUAACUUCGAAGAAGCAAAUGAUUUGCUCGAGCAACUGGAGCUGGAGUCGCGGGGAGCGGCGGGGGCGGGGUCGGGGGGGCGCACCGCCGCCUUCCGCGCGGAGCUACUGCGCGUGCGCGAGGAGUUCCGGAAGGUGCUCAGCAACAGCGCCGCCUACAACAUAGACGAAGACAUGUCCUACGAGGACUGGGGCCCGUCGUCGCCUCGACAACAACUACUCGACAACUCGGAGCGUCUGGAGCGCACGGGUCGUUCUUUGACGGACGGGUACCGAGUUCUAUUGGAGACGGAGCGCGUGGGGGCUGAAGUGCUGCGGGACCUCAGCGGGCAGCGAGAGACCGUACAGCGGGCGAGGGGACGGCUCCGCGAGACCGACGAGCAGCUGUCCCGCUCGGCGCGGCUCAUGAACUCGAUGGUGGUGCGCGGGCUGCAGGCGCGGCUCGCGCUGGCGCUCGUGUUCGUGGCGCUCGGCCUGCUCGCCACCGCGGCGCUCUACUACUCCGUCACCUAGCCCCCCCUGCUCCUCGAGCUGCUAAUGGGCAGCUGGGACCGGCGGCUGGCGCAGGCCGGCAUCUACUACGCGUAUCUCGCGUGCGCCAAGGCCCUUCGCCUCGCCUUCCGCCUGUACGUGGCCAAGCAGUACUUGAAGGCGUUCAUUUAUGUGAAGAAGCUCAAGUUCGGAUUUUAGGGGGUGAGUGUGAAAUGUGCGGGUUUGUUUUUGUGGGAGCGGUCUAAUGAGGAGCAGAAAUUAAUAGGUGGUUUGUCUAUCGUCUCUAAUGUAACAUAAUGUAAGGAAAACCAAAAAAAACUUAAUGGGA